AUGAAUGCAAACCUGUGGGUGCAGUCACCACGCCUGCGCAACCGCAGCGUGAACUUUUUGAGGUACAGCAAGCUGACGGCGGAGGGGCAUUGGGCUGUGAUGGACGUGUCCGUUGACGCCAUCCUUGGACUCGAAGGUAGCCGCAAGGUUGAUCUCAAUGUUGACAGCGAUGUCAUGCAGGCAUGGCACAAGGGCUGCAGGCUGCUGCCAUCUGGUUGCCUUGUUGAGGACAUGGGCAAUGGCUACUGCAAGGUCACAUGGGUUGUGCACGCGGAGUACGACGAGACCACCGUGCCGACCAUGUUCAAGCCACUGUUCCGCUCUGGGAAAGCUCACGGCGCACAACGUUGGCUCGCGUCGCUCCAGAGGCAGUGCGAGUACCUCUCCGCUCUACACUCCAGCCAUGUUCCAAGAAGCAGCCACAACACAGGUGAGUCCAUUUCGCCGAUGGGAAGGAGGGGAAUCAUGGAGCUGGCCCAACGGAUGAUGGCCAGCUUCUACUCGGCCGUCUCCGGGCCGGUCACUCAGCCGUCAAGCAGCAUCGACGAGUGGCAUGGCAGCAACGGCACCGGUGCCGAGAGGAUCGCCGCAGCUGUGCGCAUGGUGACCUGGAAGAAAGCUGGCAGCAUGGACGGAGAGCCGGCCGGCCUGGUGCUCAGCUCCAGCACCACGGUGUGGCUGCCAAACACGCCGCCGCAGCUCGUGUUCGAGUACCUCUGCAAUGGCCAGUGCCGUGGCGAGUGGGAUACCUUCGCCAAUGGCGCCGCGGUGGAGGAGUUGGGCUCCGUCGCCACGGGCCAUCUCGACGGCAAUGCCGUCUCCGUCCUCUGCCCCAACGUGACUGAUGGGAUCAACAGCAAGAUGCUGAUCCUGCAAGAGGCGCGCACCGACGCGUCGUGCUCCAUUGUCGUCUACGCUCCAGUCGAAGAGGAGAGGAUGCGUGCGGUCAUGAACGGCGGCGACCACGCCUCCGUCGACUUCCUCCUGCCGUCGGGGUUCGCCGUCCUCCCCGACGGCCACGGAAAGGCUCGCCGCCACGCUCCGUGCACUUCCGAGGCUCCUGUCGGCGACGGCAACACUGCGGGGGCUCUUCUCACCGUGGCAUGCCAGGCGCUGCUACCCGGCUCCCCGUCCGGCGACCACACCGCCAGGGCAUUUGACGAUGUCGGCAGGCUGCUCUGCCGUGCAAUCAAGAAGAUCAAGGCCGCCGUCAAGGCCAAAAUCGUCGUCGCCAGCUUGAUGUGA